CGUGCGGUUAAUUUUUGUUAAAUUAUUUUUACUAAAGAUUACUGGGGAAAAUGGCAACCACAAAGCGCAAGCAGCCGCUGCUGUACAUGGAGGAGUACCGGGUGAAACAGGAUCCACAGGACUAUGGACUGGCGGACGAGGUGUUUACCAUAGAAUCCUUCAAGGAAAAACUGCAUAUAACCAUUGUGAGAAACGACGAGGAGGGUUUGGAAUUCGAUCUGAUUGGCGUCUAUCCGGCCAUUGCCAAUGCCUUCCGCCGCCUGAUGCUCAGCGAUGUGCCCAGCAUGGCCAUCGAAAAGGUGUACAUCUACAACAACACGUCGAUCAUCCAGGACGAGGUGCUGGCCCACCGGAUGGGUCUGCUACCGCUGCGCGCCGAUCCCCGGCUCUUCGCCUAUCGCACCGAGGAGAGCGGCGAGGCGGGCACCGAGCAGGAUACCCUGGAAUUCGAGCUGAAGGUCAAGUGCUCGCGACGUCGCGAUGCUGGCAAGGAUCAGUCGAACUUCGAUGAUAUCUACAAGAACCACAAGGUGUACUCGGGUCAUCUGAAGUGGCUGCCAAAGGGAAAGCAGUCGCAGAUCUACAGCGAGAGUGCAGUGAACUGUAUUCACGAUGAUAUAUUGAUUGCGCAGCUUCGACCGGGUCAUGAGUUGGAUCUCCGCCUGGUGGCGGUGAAGGGGUUGGGCCGAGAUCACGCCAAGUUCUCGCCGGUGGCCACGGCCACGUAUCGUUUGCUGCCGCAGAUCAAGCUGAAUCGCGAGAUUUCCGGCAAGGAUGCGUAUCUCCUGCAGAGCUGCUUCUCUCCAGGAGUCAUUGGAAUCGAUGAGAACGAAACGGCGUAUGUAAAGGAUGCGCGCUACGACACCUGCAGCCGGAAUGUCUAUCGCUAUCCGCAGCUCAACGAUGCCGUCACUUUGGCCCGCGUGCGAGAUCACUACAUCUUCUCCGUGGAAUCGGUGGGCGCGUUAAAACCCGAGGUCAUCUUCCUCGAAGCCGUCAAGGUGCUGAAGAAGAAGUGCCGGGCGUUCAUAGACGAAAUCGAGUCGGGUUAGUUAUUUAUUAAAAGAUUAUUCUAUGUACAUAAAACAACGUAUAAUUUGAGAUAUAUAAUAUGUAAGAACUAA